GUGAACGUAAACGCAUGUGCAACAGCUACCUGUCUACGAAGCAGCGAGUACGAAGAGAUAAAAACCUCGGAGCUACCGAGAGCUACCGAUGGAUCUUUUUCUGUGUUUAUACCUGUUUCUUAUUUUUGUUUCAACAUUCUCGUUGGCCUAAAUUUUUCAUCCGAAAGUUAGUUUUAUCGUAUUCUAACCUAACAAAAUACCGACAUACGAAAAAUGCGUACUGUGACCAUAUGAUAAGAACAUUAAUCGAAACUAAGAAACUUGGAUCACCGUCGUAUAGUAGUUUUACAAUAAGGAAGCUACUGAGGAAAAACAUUUACUCUAAGUAAUACUAUAAAUCAGAUAUAAGCCAGUGAUGUCUGUCCCUUCUUCGUCGUCUAAUAAAAUAACUGAUAAUAAACCAGGUGGUACAAGUCCAAGUCCUAUAGAGGGCAUUGAAGGUGUUCCAGGACCUAGUUCUUUAGAACCUAUGCAUUCUCUGUUAACACAAGAUGAAGAAUCAGAAGAUUAUGGAGAAGAUGGGGAGGAAGAAGAGGAAGAUGAUAGUAGCGAAGAAGAAAGUGAAAUCAGUGAUACUGGAAUAUUUUGUGAUGCGGAAUGUGAACCUGAGCUUAAAAGCAAUAACUGUUCAUUGUCUGCAUCACAACCUCAGUCUCUUACACAACGGGUACAUAGUCCUGUUUUACAUACUUGUGUACCCUUGGAUGUUGUUCAGCCACAAAGAAAGCGUAAAAGUGAAACUGAAUCGAGUUUACCUUGUAAAAAACUUAACCCAGAAGACAAAUCACAUUCGAUGAUUGUUAAGAAGUUGGAUGAUAAAAGUAAACAUGUGAGAUGUGUUAUUCCAACAAAAGAUAAUCCUCCACCUGAAAUGAGUAAUUGGCUUCUACAAUUUCAGAGAUGGUCGAACGCAGAGAGAAUGCUAGCGAUAGAUGAGUUAAUCGAACGAUGCGAACCAACGCAAGUUCGACACAUGAUGCAGGUGAUUGAACCUCAAUUUCAGAGAGACUUCAUAUCGUUGUUGCCGAAAGAGUUGGCCUUGUCCGUAUUAGCUUUUCUAGAACCUAGGGAUCUUUUACGCGCCGCGCAAACCUGUCGUAAUUGGCGAUUUCUCGCUGACGACAAUUUAUUGUGGAAAGAGAAAUGUAGAGCAGCUGGUAUAGAAGAUUUGAAAGACUUACCUCCAACGAAACGUAAGAAUUGUAGGAAUUCUGGUAACUCUUCGUCCCCCUGGAAACAAGCAUAUAUGAGACAACAUAAUAUAAAAAUGAAUUGGAGGACGAAACCGAUCCGUACGCCAAAAAUCCUAAAAGGACACGAUGAUCAUGUGAUUACUUGCCUUCAGUUCUCUGGUAAUCGGAUUGUAAGCGGUUCUGAUGACAAUACCCUUAAAGUAUGGUCUGCCGUUACAGGCAAGUGUUUAAGAACAUUGGUUGGACAUACUGGUGGUGUGUGGUCCUCGCAAAUGACUGGUCAGUGCAUUCAUACAUUAUACGGGCAUACAUCAACGGUGAGGUGUAUGCAUCUGCACGGUAAUAAAGUAGUCAGUGGUAGCAGAGACGCUACUUUAAGGGUGUGGCAAGUGGAUACUGGCGAAUGUUUACACGUGCUUGUGGGCCAUUUGGCAGCUGUUAGAUGUGUGCAAUACGAUGGAAAAUUAGUGGUCAGUGGCGCUUACGACUAUAUGGUUAAGGUUUGGAAUCCGGAACGCGAGGAGUGCCUUCAUACUUUACAAGGACAUACAAAUCGUGUUUAUUCCCUCCAAUUCGAUGGUGUACAUGUUGUUAGCGGUUCUCUGGAUACAAGCAUAAGAGUGUGGGAAGUUGAAACUGGUGCAUGUAGACAUACAUUAAUGGGACAUCAGUCGCUCACUUCGGGAAUGGAACUACGUAAUAAUAUCUUGGUGUCUGGAAACGCAGAUUCAACUGUUAAAGUAUGGGAUAUUGUUAGUGGUCACUGUCUUCAAACUCUGUCUGGUCCAAAUAAACAUCAGUCUGCUGUCACCUGCCUUCAAUUCAACAGUCAUUUUGUAAUUACUUCAUCCGAUGAUGGUACAGUUAAGCUUUGGGAUGUUAAAACUGGUGAUUUUAUAAGAAACUUGGUUGCUCUCGAAAGCGGCGGAAGUGGUGGUGUUGUGUGGAGAAUACGUGCAAGUGAUACAAAACUGGUGUGUGCAGUGGGUAGUCGUAACGGCACGGAGGAGACCAAACUUCUUGUUCUCGACUUUGAUGUAGAGGUAAAAUAGUGCACUUUUCUGUGGACGAAACUGUCCUCUUCUAUGACUUCUGUACAUACUCUGAUUAGGUAGCGUAACCAAUCUCUACUGUACAAUGAUUCAUGUAUUACGUGGUGUGAUUGUGAUAAGAAUAAAUGUCGAAAAUCUGAAGGGAGAUCAUAAAAAGUCAAAAGACAUGGUGGCCCGGUAGUUGUUAUAAAUGAUCUCCGAAGUGGUAGAAUGUUUAAAUCGGUGGCAUUAAUUAUAUUAAUUAUGGAGUGUAUUAAUCGUGUUGUACAAAUAUGAGAUUUCAAAGACUCAACAAAUUGCGGAGAACGAGGAGCUUAUCAGUGUACUACUGUAUUACUGCUGUUAUAAAAUUUAAAAAGAAAUCGCUGAUAAUUUAAAUGGAGGAUAGCCCACCAUGAGCAUUACUAUUACAUAACGAUUUAUAUGGGCGUUUAGGAAAGUAUUUUUAAAUUACAGAAAAAGAAAGAUUU